GUUUUGAGCCAAGACUUUUUAUCGUCAGUCGCCUUGCAACAAGCCAAGCUUGCAUCCUACUAAUUUUACAACAGCUUCAUCAUCCCAAUUUCUUGACUACGUUUGCAACUGCUACCUAUCAAUAACUACUCAGUUAUCAUACGACCGCAGACGCAAACGUAGUCAAAAUGCCUGUCGUUAAGGGAGGAGUGUGGACUAACAUCGAGGAUGAAAUCCUCAAGGUCUCCGUUUCCAAAUACGGCCUGAAUCAAUGGGCGCGUGUCUCGUCGUUAUUACCGCGAAAAACUCCCAAGCAAUGCAAAGCGCGAUGGAACGAAUGGCUCGACCCAAGCAUCAAGAAGAUAGAAUGGAGCAAAGAGGAGGACGAGAAAUUACUUCACCUGGCUAAGUUGAUGCCAACACAAUGGCGAACCAUCGCUCCUAUCGUCGGUCGCACCGCAAACCAAUGUCUAGAACGUUACCAGAAGCUCCUUGACGAGGCCGAGCAACGGGAGGCAUCUAGCCUUGGCUUGACGGGUCCUGAAGGAGGCGAGACGCAAGCGCCCACGGCCGACGACGUACGAAGACUGCGACCGGGCGAGGUCGACCCAGAUCCCGAGAGCAAACCCGCGAAGCCUGAUACUAUCGACCUUGAUGAAGAUGAAAAAGAGAUGUUGAGCGAGGCGCGUGCCCGUUUAGCGAACACACAAGGAAAGAAGGCAAAGCGAAAAGCACGAGAACGUCAACAAGAAGAAUCGCGCCGGCUCGCUACGCUACAAAAACGUCGGGAGCUCAAAACUGCCGGCAUUAAUAUUAAGGUGGUAACGCGUAAGCCUGGGCAGAUGGACUACAAUGCGGAUAUUCCUUUCGAGAAAGCACCUGCCCAAGGAUUCUACGAUACUAUGGACGAACAAACGCGAAACGAGAAGCAACGAGCGGCAUUUGACCCCCGAAAACAACAGCUCGCGAAUAAACGCAAGGGUGAUCAAGAGGACGACGCUGAAAGGAAGAGGCGGAAGAACGACAAGGACGCUCCCUCAGCUUCUAUGCAAGCCGCCUUGAAGGCUGGGCAAAUGCAGAAGAUACGAGAAGCAGAGCAAAGCAGUAAGAGGCGAGCACUUGUCCUUCCGUCACCCCAGGUCAGCGAGGGCGAGCUUGAGGAUAUUGUCAAGAUGGGUAUGAUGGGGGAACGUGCAAAUAUGCUUGCCCAAUCCAGCGAAAACAAUGCUACCAGAGGACUCGUCAAUGCGUACUCCACCCUGAACGCGCAAACGCCGAUUCGAACGCCAAUGGCACCUCCGCAAGAAGAUCGAGUCGCAAACGAAAUAAGGAAUAUCCGAGCUCUGACAGAGAAUCAGUCGGUGUUGCUUGGAGGGGAGAAUGCCGAUUUGCAAGAAGGGGAUGGGUCGACGGGUUUCGAAGGUGUCACACCUCGAAAACAAGUUAUGUCGACCCCUAAUCCCCUGGCAACGCCUUUACGAACCAGUGCAAAUGGAGUCGGCGCUACCCCUCGACGACCUGGUCAGACGCCGCUACGGACUCCUCGAGACAGCUUUGCGCUCAAUGCGGGUGAUGGUGAAUUGUCUAUAGUCGGAGGGUCAACUAAUGACAUGCGACUUCGGGAUUUGUCCAUGAAGCAUCAGCUCAAACAAGGCCUAGCUUCGCUACCAAAGCCAAAAGAAACGGAGUGGGAGUUGGAGAUACCCGAAGACCAACAGGAAGCCAUGGUAACAGAUGAACUUGAGGAAGACGCCGAAGUACGAGACCAACGAGAGCGAGCACUCAGGGAAGCCCAAGAACAAUUAGAAAGGAAGAGGCGGACCCAAGUUAUGCAAAAAGGAUUACCCCGGCCAGAGUCCGUCAAUUUAGAAGCCCUCGCGCAACAGGCAUCUGCCAUUUCCGAUCCAGUAGAAGCUCAGAUUGCUAAAGAAGCAGCCUUGCUUAUUGCGAACGACGCCGCGAGAUACCCCGUAUCGAACGCAAGGUCAAGCAUCGGUCCAGUUCAAUUGCAACAGAUCGACGAUACCUCCUUAGCGGAAGCUCGCUUGAAAAUUCUCAUGGAGGUAAACAGCAAACCCAAACCUGAGGAUAUUCAAGCAGGCUGGGAACGUGAGGGUAGCAAUGCACUUCUGUUGAGGCUGGGCUGCUAUGAAGAUGAUGAGGAAGAGGAGCAGGUGGCAGCUAUGAAAGCAGCUUUCGACUCUGUGCAAGAUUCUACGAUGGAAACCGUAGAAAAGUGUGCGAAGCUCGAGAAGAAGCUUACCCUACAUUUAGGAGGAUAUCAACAACGAGCCAAAACCCUUCGCUCAAAGAUGGGCGAGGCAUAUGAGGCACUUGAGAAAGCCAAGUUUGCUCUAAGCGCAUUCCAGACGCUAGCCAUUUCAGAAGAAAUUGCCGCUAGGAGUCGAUUGGAGGCCUUAAGGGAGGAAGUUGGCUACGUCACCCGAAGAGAACGUGAGGCGCAGGAAGCAUACCGCCAGACCAAAGAGGAGCUAGACUCAUUGACGGAUGGGGUCAACGGUUACCAUUAAUUCCAUUAUCGGAAAAGGGACAAAUCUAGCAUAAAGAUUGUAUACUAUGAACGCGCGUCUCCGCGCCAUCGGCUGUAGAAUAGCAGCUGUAUCAAAAGAGAAAGGACCAGAUAUGGUUAUUGCAUUUAUUAAGCCAACAAUACCUGAAUCGACCUAUAUAACCUAUCCAUGGAUCUGA